AUGAGUGACAGAGUAUUAUUGAAGGUGUAUUAUUUUGGUCAGAUUUUGUUACAAACAUCUGAAGGAGUAACAUUUGUUUGUGAUAAUCCGUUAGAUGUUGUGAUUCCUUUCACAAUCUCAUUUGAAGAGCUCAAAGGUGUGAUCUGUGAAGAGAUUCAUUUUGAGAGGGCAAGAAGAAUAUCCUGUAUUCUGUAUAGAUAUCCUAUACAAGUGUUUGGUGGAUUCGUCAGUUUCAAACGAAAUAUGUUACGGACGAAGCGAGCAUGCAAUAUGUUUUCCAUGUAUAUUGAAAAUCGGAGUCAACUCUCGUUCAUCGAGUUGUAUGUUGAGUUUGAGCAAUCUGAGGCCGACCAGAAUAUUUUACGGAAAGAUUACAAUAGUGAUAGUGAAGAAGAGUUCGAAAGCAACUACGAAUUUGUUCGUCCAGAUGGAGAUGAGGUUGAAGGUGACGGAGCUAUGGCUCCGGAUGUGUCUGACGUGGCAACUGCACUGGCAAAUGAUGUGCCGUUUGAGGAGCCAUCAUUCAUGCGAGUUUUGGAUUUGGAAGCCAUGCAUGUUUCGGAGUUUCCGGAUUAUAUCAGUGCAGAAAUUUCUUUUGUCGCAGAUGGUGAAUUUGCCGUUGGGAUGGAAUUCAGUUUCAGGGAAGCUGUUAUUAAAGCGAUAAAAGAGUAUACUAUUCGAAGAAGCGUAGACUACCGGGUGUAUGAAUCUGAGCCGUUGACAUUUUAUGCGAAGUGUACACAGUAUGGGUCAGGGUGUGAUUGGCUUAUCCGGGUUAGCAUGAUCAGCCGGAAGUACUAUUGGGUUAUAAGGAGGUAUAAUGGCAGUCACACAUGUACCAGAGCCACAAUUUCUCUGGAUCAUUCGAAGCUGGAUUCGACCACAAUUGCAGAAGCAAUUAAAUCGUUGGUUGAGGCUGACCCCGCCUUAAAGGUAAAAUCGGUUAUAGCAGAGGUGCAAUUGAAGUUCAACUACAUUGUUAGUUAUCAGAAAGCAUGGUUGGCUAAGCAAAAGGUAGUGAAAAAAAUAUUUGGAGGCUGGAAAGCAUCGUACGAAGCAUUGCCUAUAUGGUUUGAGGCCAUGUGCCACAAGGAGCCGUCAGCUGUUGUUCAUUUUGAGACUAUGCCUGCAUAUCAAGGCGAUGACUUGGUGACUGAUAUCCAAGUGUUGCAUCAUAUCUUUUGGAGUUAUUACCCCUGUAUUAGAGCAUUCAGACAUUGUAAGCCAGUUGUCCAGGUGGAUGGGACUCACUUGUACGGAAAGUACAAGGAUUGUCUACUAGUGGCAGUGUCACAGGAUGGCAACAACAAUAUCGUCCCAAUUGCGUUUGCGAUUGUGGAGGGAGAGACUUCAGAUGCGUGGCACUUUUUUCUGAGUAACCUUCGUCAACAUGUUGUCACUCGGGAUGGUGUGGGACUGAUAUCUGACCGUCACGAAUCCAUAAAUGCAGUUGUGGAAAGGAGUAACGGGGCUUGGUCACCUCCUAGAGCUUUUCAUAUGUUUUGCAUCAGGCAUAUAGAGUCGAAUUUUUUGAGAAAAUUCAAGGCGCCGUACUUGCAGAAACUGGUCAUCAACUUAGGAUAUUCGAGGACGGUGCGGGAGUACGAGGUGCGUUACCAGCGUUUACGAGAACGGGGCGAGGCCUACACUGACUGGUUAAACCGAAUCUCCGAGAACAGUACGCGUUGGCUUUUGACGGUGGAUAUCAAUGGGGUCAUAUGA